AUGUCGAAGAUCUGCUUUAACUUUGGAAAUGGACUCCAUUUAGAGGCCUUAAACACAAGAAAUGAAAAUAAUCUGCUUCCUAAACACACUCACUUAAUGCGGCAAAAGCGUGCCUGGAUCACUGCCCCUGUGGCUCUUCGAGAGGGAGAGGAUCUAUCCAAAAGGAAUCCAAUUGCCAAGAUACAUUCUGAUAUUGCAGAAGAAAGAGGACUAAAAAUCACAUACAAAUAUACCGGAAAAGGGAUCACAGAGCCACCUUUUGGUGUGUUUGUCUUUAAUAAAGACACUGGAGAAUUGAACAUUACCAGCAUUCUUGAUCGAGAAGAAACGCCAAGUUUUCUGCUCGUUGGUUAUGCUUUGGACGAAAAAGGAAACAACCUUGAGAAACCAUUAGAACUGCGCAUUAAAGUUCUUGAUGUCAAUGACAACGAACCGGUGUUCACGCAGGACGUCUUUGUUGGGUCUGUUGAAGAGUUGAGUGCAGCAGAUACACUUGUGAUGAAAAUCAGCGCAACAGAUGCAGAUGAGCCCAAUACCCUGAAUUCUAAAAUUUCCUAUAGAAUUGUAUCUCAAGAGCCUGCUUAUCCUCCGGUGUUCUACCUAAAUAAAGAUACAGGCGAGAUUUUUACGACCAGUUUUACCUUGGACAGAGAGGAACACAGCAGCUAUACUUUGACAGUAGAAGCAAGAGACGGCAAUGGACAAAUAACAGAUAAACCAGUAAAACAAGCUCAAGUUCAGAUUCGUAUUUUGGAUGUCAAUGACAAUAUACCUGUAGUCAAAAAUGCAAUGAAUGAAGGGGUGGAAGUUAAAGAAAAUGAAGCCAAUGUAGAAGUUACACGCAUAAAAGUGUCUGAUGCUGAUGAAAUAGGCUCUGAUAAUUGGUUAGCAAAUUUUACAUUCAUAUCAGGAAAUGAAAUGGGUUAUUUCCACAUAGAAACCGAUACUCAAACUAAUGAAGGAAUCGUGACCCUUAUUAAGGAAUUAGACUAUGAAGAAACGAAGAGUCUUGAUUUCAGUAUUAUUGUCACUAAUAAAGCAGCUUUUCACAAGUCAGUUAAGAAUCAAUAUAAGCCUACAUCCAUUCCCAUCAAAGUAAAGGUGAAAAAUGUGAAAGAAGGCAUUCAUUUUAAAAGUAACACAAUCUCCAUUCAUGUUAGUGAGAGCAUGGAUAAAUCAAGCCUAAGUCAAAUAAUUGGAAAAUUUCAAGCUUUUGACGAAGACACUGGACAAGUAGCCCACGUAAGAUAUGCCAAAUUGGAAGACAUAGACAACUGGAUCUCUGUGGAUUCUGUUACAUCUGAAAUUAAACUUGUAAAAAUUCCUGAUUUUGAAUCCAGAUAUGUCCAAAAUGGUACAUACACUGCAAAGAUUUUGGCAAUAUCAGAAAGUUAUCCAAGAAAAACUAUCACUGGCACCAUUGUUAUCACAGUGAGAGACAUCAAUGACAAUUGCCCCACUUUGGUUGACCCAGUGCAGAGUAUCUGUGAGGACGUGCGGUAUGUGAAUGUGACCGCAGAGGACCUGGAUGGGCACCAGAACAGUGAGCCUUUCAGUUUCUCCAUCAUCGACAAUCCAGCUGGGAUGGCAGAAAAAUGGCAAAUAGUGCACCAAGAAAGUACCAGUGUGUUACUGCAACAAAAGGAGCAAAAGAUUGGGAGAAGUGAAAUUCAGUUCCUGAUUUCAGAUAGUCAGGGCUUCAGCUGCCCUGAAAAGCAGAUCCUUAAACUGACAGUUUGUAAGUGUCUGGACGGCAGCAAUUGUGUGGAAGCUCUGCGUGACUCCUAUGUGGGCCUGGGACCCGCAGCAAUCGCGCUAAUAAUUUUUGCCCUUCUGCUGUUGCUACUUGUACCGCUUUUACUGCUGAUGUGCCAUUGUGGAGAGGGUGCCAAAGGCUUCACCCCCAUUCCGGGCACUAUAGAGAUGCUGCAUCCUUGGAAUAACGAAGGGGCGCCACCUGAAGACAAGGUGGUGCCAUUGCUUCUGACAGCAGAUCAUGGAGAGAGCGUAGCAGCAGGCAGUGGAGUGGGAGGAAGUAUGACAACCAAAGAAACCAUCGUGAAAGGAGGCGGCUCUGCUUCCUUCAUCAAAGGGCAACAUGAGAUGUGUGAGGUGGAUGGAAGGUGGGAAGAACACAGAAACUUCAUUUCUGCUGCAGUUGCCCAAGUGACAGGGACAACAGGAGCCAACAUAGGUGCCGAAACUUUAAGGAGCACAAGAGUCAUGGGGUCUUCCAGAGACAUGGCCGGAGCUCGAACAGCUGCUGUUGCAAUGAGCGAGGAAUUCUUAGGAAGUUAUUUCGCUGAGAAAGCUGCUUCUUAUACUGAGGAAGAUGACAUUCACAUAGCCAAAGAUUGCCUUCUGGUUUAUUCUCAGGAAGACACUGCAUCUCUACACGGCUCCAUUGGCUGUUGCAGUUUCAUUGAAGGAGAGCUCGAUGAUCACUUUCUAGAUGAUUUAGGGCUUAAAUUCAGGACACUAGCCGAAGUUUGCUUGGGUCAAAAGAUAGACAUGGAUGUGAAAAUUGAGCAGAAGCAAAAACCUGUGGGAGAAUCAAGUAUGAAGGCAGCUUCACAUUCAUUCGAUGAGAAAACUAGGAUUCACGCAGAGAAUGCCUACUCCUCGGGCAGUAGCUUUCGAGUUCCCAAACCUUCGCAUGAAGGAAAUGCGGAGAAAGUAACUCAGGAAAUAGUCACUGAAAGAUCCAUAUCUUCUAGGCAGAGUGAGAAGGUAGCUACACUGCUCUCUGAUCCGUUGGCUUCUGGCAAUGUUGUAGUGACAGAAACUUCCUAUGCCACAGGCUCCACGAUGCCACCAAGCACCGUGAUCCUGGGUCCUGGACAGCCACAGGCCCUCAUCGUGACGGAGCGGGUGUAUGCUCCAGCCCCUCCCUUGGUAGACCAGCACUAUGCUAAUGACGGUAGUGUCAUGGUUACCGAGAGAAUAAUACAGCCUAACGGGGGCAUCCCUGGUCCUCUGGAAGGCACUCAGCCUCUGCCAGAUGCACAUUAUGUGAUGGUGAGGGAGAGAGAGAGCUUCCUCACCCCCAGCCCAGGCGUGCAGCCCACUCUGGCCGUGCCUGGUGUGGCAGCAGGACAGAACGUGACAGUGACAGAAAGAGUACGAACAGCUGUCCCCACGCUGCAAUCCAGUUACCAGAUUCCUGCUGAAACCUCUGUGAUGGCCAGAAAGACAGAGGUUUCUGGAGCCAGAGGCCCUGGCCCUCUGCCAAAUUUCAGUUUAGAGGAGUCUGGUCUUUCUAAUUCUACUGUAACUACAUCUUCCACCAGAGUCUCCAAGCGCAGCGUCGUGCAGCAUUCCUACUCCUCAACCCCUGUCGACCGCAGUCUGACCCAGAGUUUAGCUAGCAGUGACUGA